UCGGGAAGGGAAAAUUUUCGUUCAUCGUGGAAAGAAAGAUGUCCAUGCGAAGUAGUGGUCAACAAGGACAAUGGCAGCUGUUGUGAAGCACGAACCGAUCGAUAUAGGUGAUUCGUCUACGACGUCCGAACUGCUCAUAAUGGAGGGUGUCUCCGACGUAAUGCGGGAACAGCAGCACCAGCAGGAUUUGUCGAGUCACCAUGAGCAGGAACAACGGAACCAGCAGGUGGAAGAUGACGGUAAACUGCAGAUGAUGCAAACGGAUGAUGAUCCGCUGCUGCAAGAGACGAUAAAUGCGCUGAUGAGUGGUUCCGGAGGAAUAGAAGCCGUCCCCGAUGUCGGGGUGAGCGAUGAGAACGAUAACGAACGGAACUACGAGUGUAAUUUCUGCGGCAAAUUGUUUACAAGAUCCAAUACAUUGUCUUAUCACUUGAAAGUUCACAACGACGAAAAGCCCUACAAAUGUGGAAGUUGUGAUAAGGCAUUUCGGGAGCAGUACCGCCUGACUAAGCAUCAGAGAACGCAUUCGAGAGACCUUGCAGGAGGCAUUCAACAGCAGGAUCAGGAAGCGGAGCAAUCGCAAGAUUCGAGUUUCCCGUCGACUUCCGGCAGGACCGCGGAAGACGAAGACUACACAACUGGGGACAGUGAGCGAUUUUUUCGAAACUAUGAACUCCAAGAUGAUACGGCAGUUAUGAAACUGGAACCGGACAUAUCCCUUACAGUAGAUGGUGCAUCCACUAACCAAGCGACGUCUUCGUCCAACUCGGACAACGACGUGCGGUAUCAGAUUAUCGAGGAACGCAUCAAAUCGCUUCAACGGGAAGUCCACCUGGUCAAUCAGAACCUUAACCGAGUUGAGACGAAAUUGGACGGCCUCACGAAAAUUAUUGCCAUCUUCAUUAACAAAUUCGAAGAAGUAGACCCCCAGGCGAAUGUUGCAAGCAAUUCAAGCGCUAUGAUUCCGAUGCCAUUAAUAUCGGUUCCGAUCGAAAACCUUCAGAACCUCCAGCCGCAACCGACGGUGGUCAGUGUUUCUCAGCCACCAACGCCGAUACCGUCGCAGUCCAUCCAGAUGAUCACCACCCAUCACCAAGCAGCGCCGAUGGCAACGACGGCCACCGUUCAAACGAGCCCAUCAAUUCAGCAGCAGCAACAACUUGUACAGCACUUGGAUAAUGCGAGUUUCAUUGGAGGUUUGGGCGCGGCGGUUGCAGCAGCGGCCACUAAUCUCGGCACAGCCGUGGCUCAACAAACUACUACUAUUUACAGCAGUAAUAACGAUACAUUCCCCGAAGUACCGGAGCUGCCGAUCCGGACUGUCAGCGAUUUUCUGGACUUGAACGAUCACUGUACAGACAACGAGCAGUUCCUGCUACAGAUGAUGAUUCGACUGCACCAGGAAGUGGACAGCUCGCAACCCCGCCAACGAAACAUCAAGAAAAUGAUGGAAGCCCUCGUAACCUACGAAGUGCUGUGCCAGUUCAGUUGGAGCGGAAAAUCGGCCAUCAACGGGCAAUACACCAAGUACGUGUUCGGAAACAGCGUCGGCAUUAUCGAUCUGUUGACGAAAACCUUGAACCUCGGCAAGAGCGCCGAAGAUGCCGAAGCCAACCGGAAACCGAUCUUCACCGCCAUCCAGAGCUUCAUCAAGCACUCGCGGCAGAAUAUGCUCCGCGAUAGUCGAAAGCGACGGGAUUCCAACAAUUCCGGCUACUCACCCGCCGGGGUAGGCGGAGCCGUGCACUGCGGCGUCGAUCGACUGUUGAAGCAGCAUCCAAUUCCGCAGCACCACCAGAUCAAACACGAACAGCAGGACAUUGUCAAUCAGUACUACGAUUAAUUUUGCUUUUAUUAAUCACCAACGAACGGGGAGAGAUAUGCUUAUUACAUCGUGUAACACCGGUUAUAUAGAUUAUUACUUAUUUUGAGACGAAUUUGUGUCGAGAA